AUGUAUCAUUAUUCUACUCCACCACCGGGGUGGUCGACCUACGACUACUCUCAAUCACCGCCAACCUCGCCUUACUACGCUCAAUACGCUUCGCAAUACGCAAACCCCUACACAUCCCCUCGGGGCACUUCGCGACGACACACGCGCAAGGCCAGCUACACGGCCACCAAAGAACCGUCGUACUAUGGCUACCCGCAAACCUACUACGAACCAACGCCAGAGCAAGGCAUUCCGCCGCGCAAGCACGAUCAUGUAAGUGCUUCUUAUGCGGGCCCGCCCAAACACCGUCGCAACCAUACGACCGGUCAUCCUGCGGGGGAUGGCCUCGGCACCGGACCCAACUCGUCGCAGAAACGACCCAUCUUUGUAGAUGUGGUUGACGAUGCAUACGAUGUUCGCUACGCCUUCAGCCAGCGACCACGCCCCGGCCGUCCCCCGGCAACGACCAAAGAUAGCCAUCGUCGCACCGCGUCAACUGCGCAACGCAAAUCAAACCCAGCCGCUGAUUCUCACUUUUACUUCAAUCAGGUUCCUAACAACGAGGAUAUCGAGUCUGCUCGUCGUUCGUCACGUGCUCGUCGCCAGUCUACCUCGACUCGCACGCCGAACAAGCCUAAGCCUGCACCCGCCGCCACAAAACCGCCACCCACCGCUACGGAGGAAGACGCCGAGCGGGCCGGAAUUCCACCUGGGUACUCGAUCAAAAACUGGGACCCUACCGAGGCACCUAUUAUCCUCCUCGGCAGUGUCUUCGAUGCCAGCUCCCUCGGUAAAUGGAUCUACGAUUGGACAGUUUUCCACCAUGGCGCAUCGACACCCAUGGCCGACGUGGCAGGUGACUUGUGGCUGUUGUUGAUCAAACUUGCGGGCAAGGUCAAGCGAGCGGACGAAUGUCUUCCGCGAAUCAAGUGCAUCGAGGCGCAGGAAGUAGUUGAAGACUUCCUGGAGAGUGGCGACCGGCUCUGGAGCCGGUUUAAGAAGUUGCUGAAAGGUUGUGAACUUUACAUGUGGAAGGCCGCUAAAAGGGAAAGUGGCAAAGGCGCACCCGUAUCUAUGGGGCGCAAUGCAGGCUGUGAAUUUGUCGAAUCAAUCUUCGGCCGCGACCGCGAACUCGAAAACACGGAAAAAUUGAUGAACAGCAUCCGGCUGUGGAAUAUGCGUUUCGACGCCAACUGCGAAGAUAUCUUGCGCCGACCGUCCGCCAAAUAG